AUGUCUAUCGGCGAUAUUUUUGCAGACGCACAGCGCUCACUCGUUGGGCAUAAGUCUCUUGCGAAACGUCUGAAACGAUUGGAAAGCAAUCCCAACUUCGAAGCGAACAUCAAACAAUGCGUCUUUCGCCUCCUCGAGGUCAGCAAACCUGAAGCUGCUGGAAAUCGCGCCAUCAAGUUCCUCACCACGUACCUUGAGACCUCUGAAGACUCGACCCAGACGGCAUCGGCCCUACUCCUGGCCUUGCUACCAUUCCUCUGCGCGAAAGACAAAACCGUGCGCUAUCGGGCAACGCAAAUUGUAUCUCAGAUUUUGGGGGUUCUGACUACGAUAGACGACGAUUUGUACAAAGUCAUUCGACACGAGUUAAUCAAGAGAUUGAGAGACAAAGUCCCUGCAAUCAGGUUGGAGGCAGUUCUGGCCUUGGGCAGGCUGGUCGAAAAUGAAAUGGAAGAGGAGGAUGAGGAAGAAGACUCUGAUGACGAUGUGGCUCCUGGAUUGCUCGAGAAGCUACUAGAUGUUCUACAAAACGACACCAAUGCAGAUGUGAGGAGGGCCCUUCUCUUGAACCUACCGAUUACCCCCAAAACGUUGCCCUAUCUACUAGAAAGAGCUAGAGAUCGUGAUGGCCCAACAAGACGAGCACUUUACUCACGACUGUUACCGUCGCUUGGUGAUUUCAGACAUUUAUCUCUCUCAAUGCGAGAGAAACUGCUCAGAUGGGGUCUGAGAGACCGUGACGAAAAGGUCCGCAAAGCCACAGCACGACUAUUCCGGGAGCAUUGGAUCGAAGACUGUGCAGGCUCCAGGAUUGAGGGUCCUGAGGGGCCCAAAGAGAAGAAAGUCGGGUUUCAUGAUCCCAGCAUUCCGGCGUUGCUCGAACUGUUGGAAAGAAUCGACACUCUCAAUACAGGCAACGAGAGCGGUGUUGCACGGGAAGCUAUGAAGGAGUUUUGGGCCGGCCGACCUGACUAUCUUGAUGUGGUUUCGUUCGAUGACGAAUUUUGGGAUAGUCUGACACCGGAAUCUGCUUUCAUGGCCCGAACGUUCAAUGACUACUGUCAGCAAGAUUCCAACUACUAUGCGAUGAUAGAAGAGAAGAUGCCCGAAGUAACACGUCUUGGUUUUCACCUGCAGAAACACAUCAAUGAGCUUUCGAGCAGGGUACAGACCGCCAAUGAAAGCGAUUCAGACGAUAAGAUCGCUGAACAAGCUGAACAAGAAUUCAUUGUAGAGCAGUUGCUCCAUAUCGCUCAAAACUUGGACUAUACCGACGAGAUCGGUAGGAGAAAGAUGUUCUCUUUGCUCCGCCAUGCACUAACGAUGGCCGACUUACCCGAGGAGUGCACUCGCCUUACUGUUGAAGCUUUGCGCCUUGUCUGCAACCCGGAUGAAGCUGGUGAACGUGAAUUUACCUCAGUUGUCCUCGAAGCUAUUGCAGAAGUGCACGAUCAUAUCGCAUCAACUGACGUUGAAGAUGAAGGCCAGGAAGAUGAAGAAGACAGCUUUGUUUCAGCCAAAAGCGAAGUCAGUGGCGAGUCCGACACUACUCCCAAGCAAACCAGCAAAAAGAACAAACACAAUAAGAACCUUUCGGAAGAGGAACAAGAGGCUAGGGCGAUCAAGGAAAUCGUCAUCAACAUGAAAUGUCUGCACAUUGCGCAAUCUAUGCUCCAAAACGUUGCUGGCAAUCUGCAAACCAACAUACAUCUUCGCACGAUGCUUGAUAGCCUUGUUAUACCCGCUGUACGGUCCCACGAAGUUCUCAUUCGGGAGCGUGGCGUGCAGUGCCUUGGACUUUGUUGUCUAUUGGAGCCGAAGCUUGCAGAGGAAAACAUGCGCUUAUUUACCCAUUUACUUAAGAGAGGUCAUGAAGCGCUCCAGGUUAUGGCAUUGCAGAUCCUCUGCGACAUUCUUCUUGCGAAGGGAAGGCCUACACCUACACCGACCCCCCAUAGCGAUGAUCCAAACGCCACAUCGGUCAGUGAUUCUGAGACUGCCGAUAGCCACAACGCCACGACUCAACUUCUUGCACCAUUUAUCAAGGCUCUCUCGACAAGUUUUCCAGAUGAAGUUCGGUCCACAGCUACGACAUGCUUAUGCAAGCUGAUGCUUUGUGGGUUCUAUAAAGACAAUGAAGAACUUUUUGACCAGAUUGUGGAGAGGGCGAUGCAGACAGGAGCGAAAGGGUGGGAAUUACUUGAGAAAGUCAAGAACGCUGUCCAUGUCGAGAGGGAGAAGGAGUUUGAGUUUGAGAAGGAGAAAGAGAGAGAUGAUGGCGGAAUUGGGGCAUUGCGAAUGUCCUCAGGUCAUGCACUGGCACUCAGACGCAGUAGUGGUAGUGAAGGCUUUCAGAAUGGCAGUGCCAGAGUCAGUGCGGAAGGGCUGGAGACGUGA